UAAUGUGAAUUAAACUACACGUCCCGACGCCGCGAUACGGGCACAUAUAAUUGUUAUGAAUAUGUAAUUGCAUUCAUAUGACUGGUUGCUGCUAAAUUUGGUUUCAUAGGGGUAGGGUGCCACAGUCGGUGAAGUGGUCGCUGUGCUGGGAUGUGCACAUUACCGGAGACUGUAGGAAAUUAACCGUUAAAUGCGCGUGACAGGACGCCGUGGACGAGCCCUCCCUCGGACAAACAGGUUUUAAUUUGCUAGAAGUAGAUGCUUUAGGAAAACCAGCCAAAGGCGAGAUGGUUGUGAGAAAAUAGAGGAAUCAUUUAUUAGUUCGGAGGGAAAUUAUUAAGCUUUGAACAAUACUGGAUUGCGGAGGCGCAUAGAAUAUCCCGCUCAGCCCGCUGGAGAUUCUGGGAGCGAAAAAAAAAAAAGACUGAGGCAACUCGUGCUUUGUUUAUGGACUUCUGAAAUAGUAUGUGUUAGAAAUGACGGCCAGCCAAAGGUUGGAGGAUAUUUCCACUCUGAAUGGAGCCUGUACAUAACCCGUUAACCGGCCGCUGACACAUCUUUACGCACGGGACAGAUCAGUGCGCAGACAUUUGUUUUCUUUUUUCUGUGGAUGAACUUCGCAAUACAUUUUUAAUGAUUCGAGAUCUGAGCAAGAUGUACCCCCCGGCACGACAUCCGAUCCCCCACCAGCCGGGACAGCCGUUCAAGUUCACCGUCACCGAGUCCUGUGACCGGAUCAAAGAGGAGUUCCAGUUCCUCCAAGCCCAGUAUCACAGUCUGAAACUGGAGUGUGAGAAACUGGCCAGCGAGAAAACUGAGAUGCAGAGACACUAUGUCAUGUACUAUGAAAUGUCUUAUGGACUCAACAUUGAGAUGCAUAAGCAGGCGGAGAUCGUCAAACGGCUGAAUGCUAUCUGCGCCCAAGUCAUCCCCUUCCUCUCCCAGGAGCAUCAGCAGCAGGUGGUGCAGGCAGUGGAGAGGGCCAAACAGGUCACUAUGGCUGAACUGAAUGCCAUCAUUGGACAGCAGCAGCUCCAGGCUCAGCACCUCUCCCAUGGCCAUGCCAUCCCUGUCCCUCUCACACCCCACCCAGCGGGCCUGCAGCCCCCUCUGCCCCCCGGGGCGGGCACUGCCAGCCUGCUGGCGCUGUCCUCGGCACUCAGCCACCAGCUGCCGCUCAAAGACGAGAGGAAGCACCAUGACAACAACAGUGAGCACCAGAGAGACAGAGACUCAGUGAAGAGCUCAUCCGUGUCGCCCUCGGCCAGUUUCCGUGCCGGAGAGAAACACCGGAGCUCAAGCGAUUUCUCGUCCGACAGCAAGAAACAGAAGACGGACGACAAGGAGCUGGCCUCUACGCGCUAUGAAAGUGAUGGAGAGAAGAGCGAUGACAACUUGGUCGUGGAUGUCUCCAAUGAGGACCCGGUCUCUCCUAGAGGAAGUCCUGCCCACUCCCCUCGGGAGAACGGAUUGGACAAGAGUCGCCUGUUAAAGAAAGACCCGCCCCUGAGUCCCUCCUCCAUUGCCUCCUCCAGUAGCACACCUUCAUCCAAAUCCAAAGAGAUUAAUAUGAAUGAGAAGUCCAGUACGCCUGUGUCCAAGUCCAGCACUCCCACCCCGCGCUCUGAUGCCCCCACCCCCAGCAGCACCUCCACCCCGGGCCUGAGGCCUGCACCCGGCAAACCUCCAGGAGUCGAGUCCCUGGUCCCUGGUCUGCGUACGCCGUUGGCCGUGCCCUGCUCCUACCCAGGUCCGUUUGGCAUGGUGCCCCAUCCUGGUAUGAAUGGAGAGCUGAGUGGAGCGGGAGCGGCCUACACCGGCCUCCACAACAUUUCUCCACAGAUGAGCGCAGUGGCUGCUGCUGCUGUGGCAGCUUAUGGACGCACACAAGUGGUGGGAUUUGAUCCUCAUCACCACAUACGUGUCCCUGGCCUUCCUCCCAACCUGUCAGGCAUUCCUGGCGGUAAACCAGCCUACUCCUUUCACGUGAGUGCUGAUGGACAAAUGCAGCCUGUGCCUUUCCCCCCUGAUGCAUUGAUAGGCCCUGGCAUCCCGCGCCAUGCACGCCAGAUCAAUACUCUCAGCCACGGGGAGGUGGUGUGUGCUGUCACCAUCAGUAACCCAACACGUCACGUCUACACCGGCGGCAAGGGCUGUGUCAAGGUGUGGGACAUCAGUCACCCGGGCAACAAGACCCCUGUGUCCCAGCUGGACUGCCUUAACAGAGAUAACUACAUCCGCUCUUGUCGACUACUUCCGGAUGGCCGGACUCUCAUUGUGGGGGGAGAGGCGAGUACUUUGUCUAUCUGGGAUUUGGCCACGCCCACUCCACGGAUUAAGGCGGAGCUAACUUCAUCAGCGCCUGCAUGCUACGCUUUGGCCAUCAGCCCCGACUCCAAGGUCUGCUUCUCCUGCUGCUCCGAUGGAAACAUUGCUGUGUGGGACCUUCACAACCAGACCCUGGUUAGGCAGUUCCAGGGCCACACCGACGGGGCCAGCUGCAUAGAUAUAUCCAACGACGGGACCAAGCUGUGGACCGGAGGCCUGGAUAACACCGUCCGGUCCUGGGACCUGAGAGAGGGACGGCAGCUCCAGCAGCACGACUUCACCUCCCAGAUCUUCUCGCUGGGUUACUGUCCGACGGGCGAGUGGCUGGCGGUGGGGAUGGAGAACAGUAACGUGGAGGUCCUGCAUGUCACCAAACCCGACAAGUACCAGCUCCACCUGCAUGAGAGCUGCGUUCUCUCUCUCAGAUUCGCUCACUGUGGGAAGUGGUUUGUGAGCACAGGAAAGGACAAUCUGCUCAACGCUUGGAGAACCCCAUACGGAGCCAGCAUAUUUCAGUCAAAGGAGUCGUCCUCAGUGCUAAGCUGCGACAUCUCCGUGGAUGAUAAGUACAUUGUGACUGGCUCAGGAGACAAGAAGGCGACUGUGUACGAGGUCAUCUACUAGGAGCGGUGCAACAAAAACAUCCUCCCGUCCAAGCACUUUGUAAUAUCCCCUAUCAGUAUGUAAUUUUUUUGUAUACAAUGGACUUGUACGGAACAAACCAAACAAUUUGAUUCUUUCAUGGACCGUGAACUUUUGACCUCUUGGCUGCUCGUGGAUCAAAACGAACAAGCGGAGCCAAGCACAUGGAUACAUUUUUUUUUUUUUUUUUUUUUUUAAUAACUUUUGUUGUAAGGAUGAAUGAAUCUCCAUCAACACGAGGUCUGGAGUGGAAAGUAGCCUACAGUCACAGCAAUGCCCAGAUAACAUUCCACAUUCCAACGCUUCUUUUUAAAAAGCUGCUUGUGGACAGUUUGAGAUUGACGCUUUUACAUGUUUCGCUUGUGUUGAUCUGCCUGUAUUGAUGCAUUUAUUCAUAGGUUAGUUUUUCACACGUAGCUUCUCUCUCAUUCUUGCCUUGAUUUAAGCCAAUAUCUCAGACCAGAUUUGUCUUUUUUUAUGUUCUGAUACAUUUGUUGCUUGCUAUGGACUAACUGUCUAAAAGCCUAACUUAUACACUCGAAAAACACCUGAAAAAAACAUAAAAAUUACAUUUCAUAAAAAUGUAAGGCUAAACACAGUGCUUCACAGUUUGCUUAGAGUCCCAGAAAAACCUGUUGAACAACUCUAUCCAUCCUGUCUAGACUGACAUAGCACCCAAAUAACAAAAACAGUAGUUAUGUCCUUUCAUGUGGCUCCUAUCUGUGGAAAAGGCUAGUUUAUAGUUUCAUAUUUAAAUGGCGCAGAUCAGAUACAUUGUGUGAUGUCCAAACCGAUGUUCUGGGAUAUUUAUCGACAUGAAUUUUUUAAAAUCUUGCUAUUUUUUUUUUUUUUUUUUUAAUUUUGUUUUAUUUUCUUCCCUCUGCAGUUUUUUCUUCACUUUUAAGCCAAUCUAGUCAUGUGUAUUCCCCACUUUAUGACAUCUGGCAGUCUUUGACAGCUGGAGAUGCUUCAGGCUGACGUCUUCACUGUCAGCAGGAAUCAACCGGGAAACAUGAGAGGAAACACGAAGUGGCCCGGGCAGACCAGUCCCAGUUCGUGUGGUAUUGCGUCACCCUUUUGCCCAGUUACAUUUUUGGAGAGGUGCACAUGAGCUACAGUACGGCGGCGACCUCUGCAGGCCGUGCCGACACCGCAGACGCCUGUGGUGUAGCUAUGGCAACACUCUGAUGUGUAAGAAUAAAUUAGCUUUUCAAGGUUUUUAUGUAUGAAUUUGGUUUUGGGAUCUUCUCUCAUAAUCCAGUUUAUUAGCGUGACAGAGUUUGGUUGUAUUAGUGUGGGUGUGUAUGUAAGUGUGUGUGUGUUUCUAAUAGGUAUACCCUACUGGGCAUUGAACAAACACAACAAACCCAACGAGUUUGCCUUCAGUGCCCUCACCACUGACCGACCUGUAGACUCAGCUCUCCGCUUUAGUUAGUGCUCACUGGAUUCUCUCGGACGGAUCAGUGUUUGAUCUCCAUAUCGUGCCUGCGUUUAUCUCUUGGACCUGUUCACUUCUCCAUCACUUCUCUGGAAAGCAGAUGGUCAAAGAAGGUGGUGAUUCUUGUUGGAUCUCCUUCUGCCGGCUUGUAGAAAUAACACAGUGCCUUUAAGCUGCUAGGCUUCUGACUCCCAUUUCCCCUUGCUGGAUGUUCACAUCAGCUACACAGGGAGCUGAAAUAUCCUGGGCUCUCCUGUCGAACUGGUUUUUAUAACUUAAUGUCUGAGUUUUGGAGCACAGAGGUUAGAUUUUAUUGAGCGGAUUAAUUAUUGACAAACAAGAACGUGGUACCAGUUUGCCCCAUCUAGCGUCUCUAUCGAUUGCCCGCUGCUGAAAAUGAAAUCUGACACAAAUGUUCAAAUAUUCUCCUUAUUUUUAGCUGGAGAGCACUGAUCAUUGCCACGGCUGUUGCAAUCUGGUUGUUUUGAGGCAUGACGGAUUUCGCCAAAGCUGAAGUAGUUUUAAAUCUAAAAUCUACUUGUUUUCCCUGAGGCAGGACGAGUACUUGUAUUCCCGCCCUGCUCCCCAUCAGUUGGCCGAGCUCCCGCCCUGACAGCUGUCACUCAUCGAGAUAAACUUUCUGCGUUAACACAGCAGCUAGCCCACGCAGGCAUUCGAGGUGAAGAUGGUGAAUGCAAACAACAAAGAAUUUUAAAAAAACAACAAAAAACAGAGCUGUUGUUCUUGUUCUUUUCUCUAUUAUCUCAUUUCUUACUGCUUUCCGUUGCAUCUCUGCCUCCCCUGCUGUGCCGCCACGAGCCUCACCUUGAUAGCCACAGCCCCGCUCACCGUUGGCCACGCCCACAUCAGACGCUAUUGCACAGUAUUGCGUAUUGCAGCUCCGACUCAACGUUUUUGCCUCUCUGAGCGCACAAAACAUGUUGUAACAUUGUGUAACUGUGUGUUUCCAGUGAGAGCAGUCUCCAGUGGAGGCACAGCAUAUGGGAUGAUAAACCUGGAUUGUAAAAGGCAUAUUUAAUAUGUAUUGGACCAUGUUUUUUUAUUCUCACGUUACCCACAGCUGUCAUGUAACAGUAACCUAAAAUACACUUUUCUUACGAUCUGUCCAAGCCUCCUCUCUGACUUUCUCCUAAGAACAUCUUAAAAGUCUUAAUGGACAUCAGAUCUGUAAAAAAUGACUUUCUUUUUUAAUAAGCUACUGUAGAUACAGUAUUUAUUGCACUGAAAAGAAAAAAAGAUGGACUGGUUUUUUCAACUAAAUGCCAAGGAAGAGUAUACUUGAAGCUGGUGAUUUUGGUUUAUUUUCUUUGUGAUUUGUAUUGUAUUGCCACAACUGUGAUCCAGUCAGAUCUGCGCUGAGUUUAUUGCGGGAUAGAGGCAUUUUGACAUGUUUAUUAAUUGUGUAUUUUCCCAUGUGUACAAAAUGGUAUGUUACAGAGCUGAAAAUACUAAGCCCACUAGUUUGAAUGAAUUGGCUCCUUUGGUAGUCUGUCCAUCUGUUAUUCUCUAGUAUUCAAAGAUUUUGUGGGUUUGAGGAGGGAGAGCCACCCUGAGAGAAAGACAUAGUGCUUUCAAGCAUGACUGAGACCUGUGAUACAGACAUUUCACUGAUACAUGUACAUUUUUGAGCGACUGGUCAUGACGGUGAUUUGUUUUACACAGUGUUUGCCUUAUCUUGUAUUUUGUUCCAUAAUCUGGAAAACCUGUUUUGUUGCAGUCAGCUUUCAGAUUAAAACGAAGACUCAUUCACCUUGCUGUCAUUUAGUGCUCAAUAGUGCUUUUUGCUAUUAAAAAGAGUCUGAAAAUGUGGUUGCACCUGCUGUAUGGAGUACUUCACAUUCUUGAUACACACUGAUAUUGGGAAAAUGCAAAAUAAACUUUGGGUAUACUUUACCGUCGAGAGUCCAGUUCGAAUGGUGCCCACGUGUCAUCCGAUUGUUACAAGUUAGCUGGCUAACACGACCUGAUCCAACAGAAAUGAUGUUACUUACAGUAAUGAUGCGUACAACAUUUAGUUUGAUUGAACUCAUGACGUAUGAUAAAUUAACUGUAAAAAUGUAAUAAUUCAAACUUAAGGUGGAAAGAAACUUCCUGUUGCUAGUGGAUCCUUUUUUCUUCAAUACAAAAUGCCUUUGCUCUGUUUUUCUAGUCUGUGGUUGAUUUUAUUAAAUUAUUGUGUGAAGUAA